AAAUUGUAGAAAGAAUCAUCCGGAAGCGGAGGCGGAGGUGCGGGGGAAGGCAGGGAAGAAGAGGGGCAAAGUGUACACAAGUGGAGUUGGGUGGGGAUACGUGGUGUGCUUCUUCUCGCUAAACACUCCCCCCAUCCAAUCCAACCAUGUCUUUCUCUCUCCUCUCUCCUGUUUCUCAUUCCUCCUCCCUCUCCACCAUCCUUGCUUCUCCUCACAUUUUCUCGCUCCUCUCACCAUCGCCUUCUUCUACAUCUCCUAUUAAGGUCCGCAAUUCUCGACGCCAUCACCAUGUCACUGCUACACUUUUCUCCUCCAAUUACUUCACGCCCAUGUCGAUUGGCGCCGCCGCCGCCCUUCGCCGUCUUUCCUCAUCCUCCUCUUCCUCGUCCUUUUCUAGCUUUAAUGGCCGAAGCGAAUUGCAGAGCGACAGCGAAGAGGACAUCGACGCCGACGCCGACGGCGAAGAACCACAUGAUGAUGCAGAAUAUAUAGUAGACAAGGACGAUAGAAUUAACUCUGCCGGCUUGCCCGAAAGAUGGGAUGUUUUGGGUCUCGGCCAAGCUAUGGUAGAUUUCUCUGGGGUGGUUGAUGACAAAUUCUUAGAUAGAUUGGGGUUAGAAAAGGGUACAAGAAAGCUUGUGAAUCAUGAGGAGAGGGGUAGAGUAUUGCGGGCAAUGGAUGGUUGCAGCUACAAGGCUGCUGCCGGUGGAUCUCUUUCUAACAGCCUUGUGGCCUUGGCUAGACUUGGUGCUCGCCACGUUGGCGGCCCUCCCUUGAAUGUAGCUAUGGCAGGCAGUGUUGGCAGCGACCCACUCGGUGGAUUUUACAGGGCAAAACUGCGUCGGGCAAAUGUGAAUUUUCUAUCUCCUCCGGUAAAGAAUGGGACAACUGGGACUGUUAUAGUUCUCACUACUCCAGAUGCCCAGCGUACAAUGCUUGCAUAUCAGGGUACAUCUUCAUCUGUUAACUAUGAUCCUUGCUUGGCAAGCAUAAUUUCCAAAACGAAUAUAUUAGUUGUCGAAGGGUAUUUAUUUGAGUUUCCUGAUACAAUCAAAACAAUUACAAAAGCAUGUGAGGAUGCCCACAGGAGUGGUGCACUGGUUGCUAUUACAGCAUCGGAUGUCUCCUGCAUCGAUAGACACUAUGAUGAUUUCUG